GUCGGACUCCCACGUGCCGGGUACCUGGUACCACGUCCUGAGCUACCCCCUCUUCGGAGACGUGACCAAAGCGCUGGUGCGCCCAGCUCGCUGGUGGGGCCCAGACCAGCGGGAGGCAGCGGCGAAGUAUUCCGAGAGGAUUGGGGAGACCUUGCUGUCGCAGAUUGCCAAGACUGGCGGUAGCCCGCAGCAACGCCGGGUAGCGUGGAGCCUCAUGGAGGUGCUUUUGCGGCACGGCGUGCCGUUGCCCGACCUGCUGCGGGAGUUCGAGAAGGUUUGCGGGCAGCAGGAGCCCUGCCGGCGGCAGUGGCGCAAGGACUGGCUGCAGAUGCUUG